GUUGAAGGCGUUGAGCUGUUGAAGUUUUGGUCCUUUUGGAUGGUGUAUUAGAGGUUUUGUGAGUUACACGAUCUGUUUUGGAAGUUUUUGAUAUGCGACUGAGUUGUUAACUUGGACCGGAUAAGCAUGGUAGGAGCAGACAACAACUAUGGAGCUCCCUAUUUGCAGAAAUUCAGGCUCUACGAGACUCGCUCGAACUUUUAUAUGAUUGGACGGGACAAGAAUAGAACAUAUUGGAGAGUCCUAAAGAUUGACCGAACAGAGCCAUUGGAGCUAAAUAUUCAUGAAGACCCUACAACAUAUUCGGAAUCUGAAAGCUAUGAACUCCUGAAAAGAAUACACGAAGGAAACAAGUCCACUGGUGGGCUUAAAUUUGUAACGAAUUGCUAUGGAAUUGUUGGUUUUGUAAAAUUUUUGGGACCUUAUUACAUGUUGCUUAUCACUCAAAGAAGGAAGAUUGGCACUAUAUGUGGUCAUGCAGUCUAUUCGAUUACAAAGAGCGAGAUGAUCCCAAUUCCCAGUUCUACUGUGCUAUCCAAUAUGGCUUUUUCUAAGAAUGAACACAGGUCUUUUGCCAAUUCUACAUGUAAAAGUAAAAUGUCCAUGGUACAUGUGAGGAGACAGUAUAGUUAUGUUAACAGUGCUUAUUUUUUGUAUCUCAAUGAGUAAUGUGUUUCAUUGAGUGGUCUAUUUUUCCUUUCUUUUAUUUUCACGUUCUUAUUGGACAAUACAUCUUUAAAGACAUCAUACGUGUUGAGGUAAUUUCGAUACUUGUGGAUACGUCCUUCAGUGUAACAAUAGUUAUAGCUCUAACAGAGAUGCAUUGAUGUGACGCUCAUAUUCAGAGUACAUCACAGCCUUUAGUUGUGUAAUCUUCUGUAGUUAAAUUAUUUUAUAGAACCCAUUGGAAGUUUAUUUCUGGCAAAUGUACAGGGGCAAACCACACUGGUGUCCUGAUGUUAAUUUUUCAUGUUGAAUGAGACAAGGUACAAGAAACUACUACGCACUGUGGAUCUCACCAAGGACUUCUUUUUCAGCUAUUCCUAUCUUAUUAUGCUUAGUCUUCAGAAAAACCUAAGCAAUCAUGAUUCAGGACUUGUCCUCUAUGAAACAAUGUUCGUAUGGAAUGAGUUCUUGACUCGUGGGAUCCGCAAUCAACUCAAAAAUACUAUGUGGACUAUAGCACUAGUUUAUGGCUUCUUUAAAGAGGUUACACUUUCAGUUUGUGAAAAAGAUUUUAAGUUGAUCCUUAUUGCCAGACGAUCUCGUCACUAUGCUGGAACCAGAUAUUUGAAGAGAGGUGUAAAUGAGAAGGGCCGUGUAGCUAAUGAUGUUGAGACUGAACAAAUUGUGGUUGAAAAUGUUCCUGAAGGGUAUCCUGUACAAAUUAGUUCUAUUGUGCAGAACCGUGGUUCGAUACCUCUUUUUUGGUCACAAGAAACUUCAAGACUGAAUAUUAAGCCUGAUAUUAUAUUGUCAAGGAAGGACCCGCGGUAUGAAGCAACCAAACUUCACUUUGAGAACCUCAUCAAAAGAUAUGGAAGUCCAAUUAUUAUAUUGAAUCUGAUUAAGACCCUUGAGAAGAAGCCUAGAGAAUCUAUUCUGCGUGCAGAAUUUGCUAAUGCUAUUGAUAAUAUCAAUAAAAAGUUCUCCGACGAAAACCAUUUGAAGUUCCUUCACUGGGAUCUAAACAAAUUUACAAAAAAUAAAGCUACAAGUGUGUUGAUGGCUUUAAACAAGGUGUCUGCUAAUGCAUUGGAAUUAACUGGUUUCUUUUACUGUCAAGUAACUCCAGCUUCAAAGACAGCAGAAUUGCUUAAUUUUCCAUGUGUUAGAAUGCAAUGCAGCAACAAAGGCAAUGGAGAUGGUGCUGAGAAAGAUGAUCACAAUGCUGUGAGGGACACUGACUGCUUGGAAAAUGGGUCAAACUGCAGUACAGAUGAUUUGCAUGGAGUUCAAUCUAUCAAGUGUCCAACCUACCAGAGAGGCGUCCUAAGAACAAACUGCAUUGAUUGUUUGGACCGUACUAAUGUUGCUCAAUAUGCGUAUGGGCUUGUUGCUAUAGGCCAUCAGUUGCAUGCUCUAGGGUAUAUAGACGUCGAGAACGUUCCUUUGGGUUCUCCACUGGCGGAUACUUUAAUGAAGAUAUAUGAAGAAAUGGGCGACACUCUUGCACUACAAUAUGGCGGAUCAGCUGCACACAACAAGAUAUUUUCUGAAAGAAGAGGUCAAUGGAGAGCAGCGACACAAUCCCAAGAGUUUUUUAGGACACUUCAGCGGUACUAUAGUAAUGCUUAUAUGGAUGCUGAGAAACAAAGUGCGAUUAAUGUGUUCCUGGGGCAUUUCCAGCCGCACGAUGGUAAACCAGCACUAUGGGAAUUGGAUUCUGAUCAGCAUUAUCGUGGUGGAAGGCACAGUUUAGCUCUUGACAGUUUAAGGUCGAGAAUCAAAAGGUCAUUCUCAGAUGGAAAUAUUAUCUGUCCAGGUAACUUACCUGUUGAAGAUACAAGUAACAAACAGCGAGCAGCUUAUCAGCCUCCAUUACCUGUUGAGUCCACACCUGAUGUCUCAACAUGUGAGAGCGAAAUGUCAUAUUCCAGGUAUACCCCCACUAUGUCUGGUAGGGAGCUCUUCUCCGAAACCCAAGGUGAGCAGACUCUUGAACGUGGGGAUUCCAACUUCUCGAAUUUUGUAGAUGUCGAGUGGCUUUCUUCGUCUGGAAAUUCAUGUGAAGAAGAGACAUAUGAGAGAUCGUCAGUCGUAGGUUCCCCAUCCAGUGGUCUUUCGUCAGAAGGCCUUGGAUGCGCGUCUAAAGCAGAAACGAGCCUUCAUGCCUACGACUCUGGAUUUAGUAUUAAGACUACUGGAGAUCUGAAUUUCGAAAUGGUUCAAGAAAUCCAUUGCCCGGGUGAAUUUUCUGAUAAAUUUGUGCACUGGGUUACAUUUGGAGACAUGCUCUUCCCCUGAUGAUGUGUUGGGGCUUCCUGACGCGCUAAAUCCGUUUAAGACCGUACCCCGAUUCAAUCAACCCAUCCGAAGGAUGCGGGUUACUGAUACAAUAAAUUUACCGGCUACCAAGGUUAGAGAUUUGAGAAAAUAUUGAAUUUUUUGGUUACUGACAGAUAUGCCAAAAGAAAGCCAUGGUGGAUCUGCAUCUUUAUUUAUUCAUAGUCUAGUCCCCUUAGAUAGGAACCCAAAAGUAAAUAUCCUGCGUAUUCUUUCUGGGACUCCUUGUUCCCAUGCUUGCUAACAAUUGUCAAACGUUACUCAAUUUUGUAUAUAUCCAACAUCUUUGGUCAUAAAUCCCAGCUUGGUUUUGCA